AGUGAUUUUACUGAUAAGCGCUCCGAUCUAUUUCAUAUAUUAAUAUGUAUAUACAAACAAUCUGAAAAUUUUCUGCGAAUUCACGUGCUGGUCAUGUUCGUGGUGAUUAUGAUUGCGUGGCUCAUACUAUUCAUGGUGUUCAUUGAUCUGCUAGUGCUGGAUUCGCUUGAUCCUUCGGACUAUUAAUUUAACCGAGGUUGCAACUUGUUCGGGGAACCACCAGCCUCGUCGAGGAUAGAUCACGUAAUAAAAUACCUUAAACGAUUUCGCGUGGGACGAUGUGUGUGACAAGUGGUCUUUCGUAAUCUAAUGUCAAUAAAAAUAUAAGAUCUCAGGAUCUAUAAUACUUUUCACCGGGACUUGACACUUGCGAUUUGUCAAAAACAUGAAGGAGGAACUGGAGGAGAAUUACAAUUCCGAGUUACCAGCUGUGGUUGGAGCUUUAUUAGACACCUUGGAUGACAAGAAUCAGGAUGUAAAGCGAUCUGUGAUCGAGUCAAUUGAAAGGAUAAGCAAGAAGAAUCCUGAGAUUGUCAUUCAUGCUGCCAUAUAUUUCUGGGAGAUGCACAAAAAGAUAUCCACAGACCAUAUGGGAUCCCUGUUGAACAUAAUAACAGGUAUAAGCAGACGUUCGGCUAAGAGUUUAAGUGUGGAUCUGGUGACAUCUCUUGCUGAGAUAGCAGUGAACGAGUUAAUAGGAGAAACUGAGAAUGAGGCAGCUGAAUUGUUGAUUGAGCUUUGCAAGAUACAUUGCAUGCAAGCUACGGGUGGACUUUUAACUAAAUUAGAACCCGGGGUAAUUCCUAAUCCAGCAAUAGUUUUCACGAUAGGAAAACUUGCAACAGCUAAUCCUUAUGGAAUGCUGUCUUUUGUCAAAAUAACAUUGACUAUCAUGCUACCAAUGUUGAAUCAGAUACGUGAGGAAGUUCUCAAACAAGCAAUUUGCUUCAUGAUUUCGAAGUUUUGCGAAGCUAUAAACGAUUAUAUAAUGAACGGAGAAGACUCUUCUCUUGGAAUUAAUAAACAGACAUUUGUUGAUGAAAUUUGUUCAGUCUUCGAUUUUCUGACGCACAAUUGGUUGAAGACGUCACGCGAUUCCACAUCGACAGAAGCUAUUUUAACGACUUUCGUUCCUAUGGUACCUUUGCUGCCUGUGCAGGAGGAUAGCGAAAGAAUUGUAAAAUUGGUACCUGUAUGCUUAAGUUUUUGUAGAAAGCAAAAUGUACGUUUAGCUGCUGUAAGAGUUUUAGCUGUGAUUUUAAGUUCUGUUGAGACUGAAAAUAACAAAGAGGCAAUCCGCCCAUUCAUGGAGAAUAUCCAUCAAACUUUGUCCGACUUUGUCACUAUUUAUCCCUUUGAAGCAGCUCGAGAUGCGGUUCUUACACAUUACGAAGUGCUGCAGUGCUCCAGAUCAUUGGUUGUUUUGUACCCUGAAGAAGGUCUUGAUAGAAUUUUGCAGCAGCUAAAGUCACCAAUUGCUAAUCAACGUGCUCGUGCUUUGGUAGUCCUCAGGCACCUCAUAAACACUCUUCCCCCAGAAGAUGACGGAUCCUUGCAGAGAAUCGCACUUAGCCUUCAGGAGUCUCUUGGAGAGAAUGGUGCGCUCCAAAUGGUCGGUGCUAUAGUAGCACUCGCGGCACGACCAACGUUUCCCCUUUUACCAUCGCAGAGAGCUAGAUUUGUACGCUAUAUGGUGUCACACUGUGAAACGAAGAGUGACGAUACGGAAGCAUGUUCCGAAGCUUUAUAUCUGCUUGCAACGACUGUUGACGGUGUCGAAUCUUGGCUGUGGCCGUGUUUGAUAAGCGCAUUGCUGGACCCGGCUUGCGUAGCAUCUGUCACAUCAGUGCUGCGUUCAUUAUCCCCAUUAGCGCUAAAAAUAAUACGUGAUGAAAACUCUUCAAGAAAUGAGAGGGAUUUUCCUGGUACGAAAGUUUUGGGUAGAUGUCUGGAAUUGUUGAGCAAUCCGGCUAAUCGAUACGCGGUGGUGUCCUUUUUAAAGUCAGCAGCACCCUUAGUAGGACAUCAAGUGAAACCUUAUUGGGACGAGAAGCUGCAGGAACUUUUACGAGAAUGUUUGCAAGAUGAACUUGAAGAAAUUCUUGAGAAACCACAUAUCAUGCAGCAGAAUUUAAUCUGGGAAAGAAAAAUAGUAGAAUGGUUAGAAGAGAGUAUGAAACUGGAAGGAGAGUCAUGGGGCGCAAAGCUCGCUGACGAGCUCGCUUUGAAGGCAAACAUGCCGAGUAUAGCGCCGUUGUUAGCAGCCACGUGCAGCAACAAUGCUCACAUCACCUUGCUCGUCGAACUCGCGCGUUCUCACGGUACUAACAAGGAAUUUGCGCGAGCAGUUGGCAUCUGCGCAAAACGGCAUCUGAGCAUCGUGUUGAAAUUGAUGGAGGAAUUUUGCACUGCCGAGGAUAGCAGAAAGGCCCCCGUAAGAUUGCUGGGUUUCGUAAAGGACACGAAGGCCGCCGCUACCGCCGAGGCCGCGAAAGCAGGUUUACUACAGUCCUACGCCGAGAUUGCUCAGAAAGGGGAUCCGCAGGAACUUUUCCCUGUAUUCGAGAAGCAUGUAUUACCAUGGACUAUUAAACAGUUGCACGACUGUAAGGAGCUGUCUACGAAGGAAGCAGGAUUGUCGGUCUUGGAACAAGUGGCUAAUGCUGUUCAUCCCACUAAUUUGCCCGAAUCUAAGGGCCUGCGCGCAAAGGCUACUGCUCUGGCCACUCUAUUGGGAAUUUUACAGUCGUCGACCGGAUAUAGACCAUUGCAACUCUAUCCGGCAGUAUUAAAAGCAGCAAACUCUCUAAUACGUAUAUCGCCAACAUUAAAUAAUGAAGAAAGAGAGAUUUUUCUCAGUGCAGUAUUGGAUAAGACGAUUAGUGCCAGUUCGGAGAUUGCUCUGCAAUUACAUCCAGAAAUAAUGCGACAAGUCGUAGACGAACUGGGAACCGUGUCCAGCGAAAUUGUAUCCGAUUCAGCGGAUGCAUUAGCUGAGCUGGUUGACAUAUUGUUACCCUGGAUGCAGUCCAAGUCGAAUGUAGAGAGAAAAAUCACUUUGUUGGUGCUACAAAGAGGGCUCCAGUCUUAUUAUAAUUCUUUGAAGUAUACUUAUCCAGGCGGCAAGUUGGAUGCCGGAAAACUAGUAGGAAGAACUUUAUGUUGGUGUACGGACACCGAAUUUUCGUUGAGACCACUAGCGAUAGAUUGCAUGCUUCUCUCUCUGGACAUUGCAACCCGUCAUCGUUGCGUGUUACCUGAUAAUACCUUGAGUGAAGACAUACAACAAAUAAAAAAGGAACUUAUGAUUGAAGACUCAUCAGUAUCCUACGGAGCCGUACAAAGACUGGCUAAUGCGGUAUCGCAAAAAAUUCCCAACGGUGAGAUAGUUAGCUUAGCGGAGGGCUUGAUUGAAGGUUUGCUGUUUUAUGGAGAAGCAGGCUUGGUAGCGGGCAUAGCUCUCUCGCAACAUUUUCAAAUUAGAGGAUCAGAAAUAUCCAGGACUGAUGUUUGCUUAGUCGAUAAUAUUAUUACGCAAAUGAGACAAAUGGAAAACGCGAGCUGCAAGUAUAUCACAACGGUGGCUAUAGUUUCACUGAUGAAGCAUCAUCCAGAAGAAGUGAUCGAGCAUCUUUUGUAUCAGCCGUUACCGUUGGACCCGGGUACCGCAUUGUGCUGGAAAGAAAUUGGCAAUAAUGAUUUUCUUGGGCCCCGAGCUUUGGAUAUGUUGCUAAUAAAACUUGAAUCCAGUAAUUUAUUUUCUGAUGCUACUAAUCCGUCUGUGCAUACCGGACGGAAUAAUACCGCAUCUCUCCCGUCCUUGGCGGCUAUCGUGGGCUUGAAGUAUCUUCUUGAAUCGCCGCAUGUGGAAACCUUGAUUGCCGAGAGCAAGCAAUUAGCGGGAUUAUUAUCAGUUCUCCUCAAAUAUCUCUCGGGCUGGCUGCACAUUGAUGCUCCCACAUCGUUGAUAAAUACGAAGUACGGAUACGUACCGAAUCGGGCGGCGCAAAAGUUAAAUCCGCACACGGAAGUAUAUUCUAUAUUAACCCACAUAUUAGUAACCAUCGAGCCUAAUGCUGCAGCCAACUUGCCAAUGGAGAGUACAUUUGCUUCCGAAAUGCAAGCCGAGGAGAGCCUAAUAUCGACAGUGCGAACAUUAAUGAAAUGUAUAUCGAGUAAAAACGAAGUCCUGUUAAACAUGACGCAACAUUUGGGUAAACUGAUGACUAGCACGAUAGCCAUACAACGAGCGAUUGCCGCCACCUUUUAUUCAGAAUUAAUUGGCAAAAUAGAUUGCGGAGCUAUAUGGCUUGAUGCUAUAAUUAAUACGUUGCACGAUGCUAAGACCGAUUCAUCGUCCUUAGUACGAAAGCUCGCUACCAUUGGACUUGCUAGAAUAGCCUAUUUAGAUCACAGACAGGUCGAUGAAUAUUUCGACAAUUGUAUGGAUGCCUUACUCGAUGGAUUGGAGGAGACUGCUGGUGGAGAAGGGGGUGCGGAAGUAGUACUCGAAUCAUUACGCGGUCUCUCGGUACUGCUGUCUGUUCAAUAUAAGAGACCCAUCAGUCCGCGAGUGGUACUAGCCUUGAAACCAUUCUUCGAGAAAGAAAACUGGGAGAUGAAACUCGCAGCCAUAGGCGCUCUAGGCGCGAUAGCUACCAAUUGGCACAGAUCACUUGCAUCGCCGAAUGACGAUUUGAUCGAUCAUCUUAUGGGCUGUUUGCCGUCUCUGAUAAUAAGACUGGAAGACUCGAAUAUAACAGUAGUUAAGACUGCACAGGAAACCUUAUGUAAAACUACAAGUAUCGUGCAAAGCGAGAAAUUAUCGCAUGUGAUACACAAUAAUUUGGGACCACAAGCGAAGUUCAAUUUCGAGAAUUUUUCCAAGGACUUGAUAAACUGUUUGAAAGAGGAAUUUCCACAUAGAGCAGAAGAACUAAGAAACGCCGUCGUCCGCGGUUAUUCCAGAUCGGAGAAUUAUCAUAUCAGAGCUACGUCGGCGCUGCUCUUAGGAUUAUUCGAUUCCCCGAGACCUGAAGAUAUACAAAGACUGUUGCAACUCUUACGUGAUAAAGAAAGUAUUGUGAGAAUGCGCGCUUCGCAAGCCCUUUCAUUUUGCUUUACACUUUAGCAUAGAUAGUGUUUCAGUAGUUCGAAAAUUUCAAGAUGUCUAAACUUUUAAAGCUAUAUUUUUAUUCUUGUGAUAUUAUGGGUCAAAGUCAAUUUAUUUUACAGGCCAUAUACAUUAUAAUGUAAAAUAAGAAAUGUUUUAUUGUAAUCAUUAUAAUUUUAAUAAUGAUUAUUAUAAUUUUAAUAUUGAUUUAUUAGGUAGAAUGAAAAUUGAGAUACAUUUGAUUUAUUACGAUUAUGUGGAAAGACUUGUAAAUAAACUGAUAUACAGUUACUUUUAAUUGGCCGAUUGAUAGGUUUCUUUCUUCUCUAUUGGCAUUCCGCACGCAAUGUACGGCCUAUAUCCUGUAUACGAUGAAGACAAUUUGUCAUAAAUAAUACUUAAUUUAUCUUCAUUAA